CAUCUUGCUCUCCUCUACUUUCAUCACAUGGCUGCUCCCGCUCUCAAGUUCGCCGCCGUCAUGCUCCUGGCUGCCCUCUGCGCCGCCGCGUUGGCCCCGGCCGUGUCAGGGCAGCCGAUGGAGGCGCUAGAGGCCUGCAUCGGCCGCUGCGGCUGUGUGCCCUGCCCGACAGGGAAGGUCUGCAUCGCUGUGUGCACGCCCCCACCACCAUGCGCGGCCAGGUGCCGCUGCAGGUAUUCCGGCACGGGCUGCUAGGCCGGCGGCGACCUUGGCGACUCCGCCUGCAUGCGCCACGGCUCCGACCGUCAGGAAGCCUGGAACCGCUAGCGUUGAAGCCAGCAGCUCAUUAAUUUACUGUGUAUUGUAAACCCUACAUGUGCGUGUGUUUGUGUGGUAAUAAAGUGUCAACGGGUCGAUCCGUUGGGGUUGUUGGUCAAUUGCUCAUGGAAAUGAUCAAGCCGAGUGGCCUAUUGGUUAA